AACAAUGACAUAACCUUCCCACCUACCUUCCAAAAAUUUCAUAUUUCACCAUUGGAUUCCUCGGAGCUUUCAAUAUUUCAUCCCCAAUCAUCAAAGUUCAAAACUUUAUCCAUUUAAAACAGUUACAAGAUUAUCACAUUGUGAUUUGAAAAUCUUUCACAAGAUUCAGUGUAAUUCACACCCAUCUGAGCAGACAUUUUCAAGAUUCCAUUUUUAUACAUUUUUGUUUGGCUGAUUCUAAACACCCCCCCCCCCCUCCUGGCAGAUGGGGUUAUGAUGAUGAUGAUGCACUUGCAAUAAUCAAUCAAAAGAUUCAAAACCCAUUUCAAAGAUUUGUCAACAAGUCUAGAACAACAGACCUUGCAGUGUCAGAUCCCAAGAUCCAAUUUUUACAAACGUUGACUUUGACUUUUGAGGUUUCUUGCAAGGCUUUCAAAGUUUCAAUCCCUUUUCAACUAUGUUAACAUCAAAAGAAUAAAUCUUGAAAUACCCAUUUCAGAAAAAAACACUUUCUUGUGAAAAAAAGCUGAUAUUGAUGGUGGAAGAAGGAAAACACCAUGAAACCUGCAACAAAGAGCUUGUUGAAGAAGAUGAAAAUGGAGGCCCAAAAAGAGGGGCUUUUGUGGGGUUUAACAUUAGGGCUCCAGUUGAUUGGUUCAGUAUGUUAUCAAGAAAAACACAUUGGAGUUUUGUUGGUGGGGUUGUGGUGGUUUAUGGGAUAAAUCAAGGGUUUGGUGGAGCUCUUGGUAGGGUGGGUACAGAGUAUUACAUGAAAGAUGUGCAGAAAGUUCAACCUUCUGCAGCACAGGCUUAUCAAGGAAUCACUAACAUUCCUUGGAUUAUUAAACCUGUUUGGGGUCUGCUUACUGAUGUUGUUCCGAUUUUGGGAUAUCGAAGAAGGCCGUAUUUCGUUAUUGCUGGUAUCAUAGGAAUUCUAUCGAUGUUUUUCUUGUCAUUCCACGAGAAACUGCAUAUUGUGCUAGCACUACUGUCUUUAACUGCUGGAAGUGCUGGCGUUGCAAUAGCAGAUGUAGCCGUUGAUGCGUGCGUAGCGCAAAACAGCGGUAUUCAUCCUUCACUUGCUCCAGACAUGCAAAGCUUAUGUGCCCUCAGUUCUUCCAUUGGACGCCUGAUCGGAUUUGCUUUAAGUGGCGUAUUUGUACACUUAAUCGGCCCCAAGGGAGUUUUUGGCUUGCUAAGUAUACCGUACGCGCUCGUGUUACUAAUAGGUCUUGUACUCAAGGAACCUCACUCACCGAGCUUUGCUUAUGGACAGAUAAGUGAGAAAUUUGCUGCUGCCGCUACGGCUAUGUGGACUACGUUAAAAUCUGAAGAUGUUUGGAGGCCGUGUUUGUAUAUGUAUCUAUCGUUCGCGUUGAGCUUGAAUAUAUAUGAUGGGUUGUUCUACUGGGAAACCGAUUCUAAAGCGGGCCCAUCUUUCUCCCAGGAAACUAUUGGUUUUGUAUUAUCAAUUGGCUCGGUUGGGUCCCUUUUAGGCGCAAUACUCUAUCAAUACACCUUAAAGACCUAUCCUUUCCGAGCUCUACUAUUUUGGUCACAAUUAUUUUUCGGCUUAUCAGGAAUGCUGGAUCUUGUCUUCGUACUAAGACUCAACCUCAAACUAGGAAUGCCCGAUUAUUUCUUCGCGGUUAUCGAUGAAAGCGUGCUUCAAAUGGUAGGACGUUUGAAAUGGAUGCCACUUCUCGUCUUAUCUUCACAACUUUGUCCACCUGGCAUCGAAGGCACGUUCUUUGCUCUGCUAAUGUCUAUCGACAAUUUCGGCCUCAUGUCAUCUACGUGGUUAGGUGGCUUACUUCUUCAUGUCCUACGUGUCACGAGGACGCAGUUUGACAACUUGUGGCUAGCCAUUUUGAUACGCAAUGUGUUGAGAAUCGUUCCGCUUUGUUUUCUGUUUUUGGUGCCUAAAGGUGGUUCUGAUUCGUCGGGUUUUUCUCGUUUGGAAGUGUUGCAAGUUGUAGACGAUGGUGAAAGUGAUAUAGAAGUGUUGAGUGUGUCGGAAGAUGCUGAAGCGUCGAAAGCUGAGGAGGUGGAACUCACGCCGCUUGUUAGUAGUUAGAACUUAGAAGAAUUGAUGCAAAACUAUUUAUGAAGCUGCAUUUGAUUGGGAAGUUGAAGAAGAAGAAGAGACAUGUUUUCGACAACUUUUGUUGUAAGUUUUUUUUUUUUUUUUUUUUUUUUUUUUUUUUUUUUUUAUGGUAUACGUCAUUUAAGCGAAAAAAACAUCUGUUAAAGUUUGUGUUUAUAAGUAGAAUACACGUCUAUUCUUUACAUUUUUCAUUUUUGUAAAACACUUCAAGUUAUAAGUUGGAUAACGAGUCAAAAUGGGUC